GACACAAUCCGGUCGCCUGGAUAGGCUGCCGUCCCAGCAAUGUCUUUUGUGCAGAAUCCCCCCUGAUUUUCUUUGGCUCAUGCUCCCAUAAAAGCGUCCCUCCUUCUGGCUAACCUUUAGGCCCUCCACCAUGUCUCGCUCUCACGCCAACGAGCCGCAGACAGCUCGCCAAACCAACGAAUAUGUCCGCGAAAUCCUCCACGCUCCAGAACCUCCGCCUCCCAUAGCUGCACGCUUCUUCUAUACCAGCCCGUUGGCCAUCGACGACCCGCUGAGCCCCUUGCCUCCGCAGUUGACCGGCUCCGCUGCCCCGUCAAGACAGCCACCGCGCCCAUUCUCGGUUUAUGACAAUCGCCAACUAGACCACGCAUGGCAUGACCUCCGGCGGAAACUGUGGAAAUAUAAUGAGGAAAAUGGCGGCGAGAAGGGAAAGGGCUGGCGCUCAAGAGCCAACUCUGUGGCGACGCGCAAGGUUCUCGACGUUCCUCAAAAUAGGAACAGAGGAUAUACGAUACCUAACAGGCCGGAUGCGCGGCCUGUCAGGGGACAACCUUCCAGGGCAUACUCGUCGUCCGAGGGAGAUAUGCGAUCCAUAAGAGGCAAGAAACAAAACAAUGAUGAGUCUGGUCUCUUAGUGGGCUCUCUACGGGCCAUCGACCCUGCCGAUAUUGAGAUCAGUAUAGACCGUAGCGCAACCACGGGCACUCCCUUUGUCCGCGCCCCUUCUAGGAGAAAAAUUCGGCCGAGUGGUCUCUUACGCGAAGAUACGUAUGACUGGAGUGACGAGAUAACAUCAGCACCUAGCCAGUCUUCGAAGGAGCCAGCCCCACCACCGCCUAAGAAAAAGAGUGCACCCGUUGGCCCUUCUGCCAGAGCUCCUGUCGGGAUUUCUCGACUUCAUGAGGUCGUGAUGCCUGGGUUGACUAUGGAGCCCAUAUACUGGUCCCCCCUCAAUGAUAUAGCACCUGUGAUACGGGGAACGUGGUUUUAUAAAGAAAACAUGCUACCAGUGGAGCCAGACGUAGCAAAUCUGCUCGAGUCUGGUUAUGUUUCGCUCCAGCCUUGGACAGAUACGUGGAGAGAUGAGCUUAAUAGCGCCAUUGAGGUUGGCGCCCUAGGAGAGAUGAAGAUUGUUCACGAAUUAUGGCCUGAGAGACCACGCCCCCCAAAGCAGCCCGACAGAAGCAGGCCUGGAACACGCGGUUCUGAUUUCGGUAUACUCCAGAGUUCCCUGGAUGAACCCGGACUAACGCCUGAGCAAGAACGUGAAGAAGCAGUCGAACAUGCGAAAGACAUGAUAGAUAUAUCCAAUGGGACUGAAGGGCCAGACAACAAGGCUGCCGGAACUACAAAUUUUGGCAGGGAUGGCCGAAAGCGGAUUUACCCCAAUGCUGUGGUGAUUUACGCAGAUGAAAAAGAAGCUUACAUCCUCCGACCAAACCUACAACCAUCUGCGUACUAUGGCCGGCGGCCCCUUGCCAACUACAUCCGCAAAGGCCGGAAAAUCGGUGUUCAAGUGGUCCGCGGCUUCGACCAAGCAAUUUGGGAUAAGUUAUAUCCUCAAAAGGUGGGCCCUACAAUGGAGAAAGCCCAAGAAGGAGUUUCGACCUCACAGGCAGGAGCGCCUCCGUAUGGCCGGAUGAAGUUUGACACGGCGCUCUCGCAUUCAGAAAGGCCAGAGGUGACUGACUUGGUACUCGUUAUUCACGGUAUCGGACAGAAGCUUUCUGAGCGUAUGGAGAGCUUCCACUUCACUCAUGCAAUCAAUGCGUUCCGGAGAGAGGUAAACGUGGAGCUGGGUACCGACAGUGUUAAGACACAUCUUCGUAAAGACGGUGGAGGAAUUAUGGUGUUACCUGUCAAUUGGCGCUUGAGCCUUUCAUUCGAAGAAGGCGGCUACCGGGAUGAAACAGAAAACCCUGCGUCAAACCAGUACAGUCUUAAAGAUAUCACACCGGAAACCCUCCCGUCUGUGCGAAACAUCAUCAGUGAUGUCAUGUUGGACAUUCCGUAUUACCUCUCAGCCGAACAUAACCCAAAGAUGAUAACAGCUUGCAUUCAGGAAGCUAACCGCAUAUAUCGUCUUUGGUGUAAGAACAAUCCAGGCUUUGCGGAUUGGGGAAGAGUACAUAUCAUCGCGCACUCCCUGGGAAGUGUCAUGGCAGUUGACAUUCUCAGUCGCCAACCGUCGGCGGCAGCUCCGGAGUGGGGUGAUCCAGCAACACCAGAGGAUAAGCUACCGACAAAUCAUUUCCUGUUCGACACGAGGAAUCUGUUUCUUUGUGGUAGCCCCGCAGGCUUCUUCCUCCUGCUUAAAAAGGCAGCACUCCUACCACGUCACGAUCGACGCAAGCCCGACGCCGAGAGCAAUAAUGGACCAGGUGUCGCGGGUGAUGAAGGCACAUACGGUUGUCUAGCCGUAGAAAACAUCUACAACAUCAUCAACCCAUACGACCCAGUCGCGUACCGCAUGAACGCCACAGUCGACACGGCCUACGCUGCAGCACUCAAACCAGCCUUCGUGCCCAGCGCCAGCACAUCAUGGCUCACGUUAGCAAACCCAUUCCGCAGCACGAACAGCAGCGGCGGCGAUGGUAACAAUGUCAAGCCCGGGCGCGUGACACGGCUGCCGUCGAACGUGGAGCUGGAGACGCACAACUUCACGCGCGAGGAGAUUGCCGAGGAGCGCGCCUACGCGCUCAACGACAACGGCCAGAUCGACUACUUCCUCAAGUACGGCGGCGGGCCGCUCGAUAUCCAGUACUUGACCAUGCUGGGCGCCCAUAGUAGCUACUGGCUGUCGCGCGACUUUGUGCGCAUGAUUGUUGUGGAGACGGGGAGGUCAUUUGGGAAGGAGGGGACGGUGCCGGCCAUGAGGGCGGUGAAGAAGACGGCGAGGUAGAGGAGAGGGAAUAGCUAUCGGCGGUGCUGUUGUUGGUGGAGGGUCGUGAUGUAGAAUGAGUGGCAAGAGUGGUCGGUUAUUGUGUAGGGGUUAGUCGGAGGAUACGUGCGUGGUGUGCGGCUUGGUUCUGGAGUCUGGUUUGACGUGGCGUGUUGCAGCUUGUCCCAUAGAUACCCUAGAUUGAAAAAAGCUAAUAUCACACAAACAUCUCUGCU